AUGUCCUCAGCGACCUCCGGCACCUCCUUGCCCAGCGGCCUGAGGGUCCUGCUGACCUUCCCAGAUGCACUCUUCAUCCCUGAGCUGGUCUUUGGGGGCCUUGUCUGGAUCCUGGUGGCCUCCUCGAGGGUCCAGUCACCCAUGCUGCAAGGCUGGGUGAUGUUUGUCUCUGUCUUCUGCUUCGUCAUGACCGGCACCCUCCUGUGCCUCUACAUCGCCGGGGCGCACGGAGGCAGCAGCUCCUGGGUCACCUUGGAUGCCAUCCUCCAGGCGACUGCAGCUCUGUUCUACCUCAGUGCUGCUGUGCUGGAAGCCUACUUCACCUACAAUGUUGGCUUGGUGGCUCAGAUCCCUGGGUACCUGCUCAUCUACCAGGAGAACAUUGCUGCUGUGGUGUUUGCAUUCCUGGCCACCCUCAUCUACGUGAUCCAUCAAGCGGUGUCCCUCUGGAGAUGGAAAUCUUCCUAAGAGCCUCCCCUUGCAAAACAUCCCUCAUGGACACCCAAGCU